AUGAAUUCAAAACAGCAUGCUUUAAGUCACGAGCAAGAAAUUAUAUUGAAAUUAGUUGAGUCAAAAUACAGUUUGUUCCUUACUGGACAAGGUGGCUGUGGAAAGUCGUAUUUGAUAAAAAAAAUUGUGGAAAAAGAAUCCGCUCGCGGAUGUUGUUUUGUGACUGCUUCGACUGGCAUUGCUGCAGUCAAUAUAUCAGGAACAACUAUACAUGCAUUUGCUGGAAUAAACACUGGAACAAAAUCUGCACACGAGCUCUUAGGCACUGUUAUAUCGAAUGAAGAAGCUGUUAAACGUUGGAAUGAUUGCAGAAUUUUAGUUAUAGACGAGAUAUCUAUGAUUGGAGCUGCCCUGUUCGAAAAGCUCGAUUAUGUUGCUCGUAGAAUUCGAGGUAAUUCUCAACCAUUCGGUGGUAUUCAGUUGUUGCUGAGUGGAGACUUCGUUCAGCUCAAACCUGUCAGCACUGAAGGCUGUGAAAAACAGGAUUACUGCUUUAAGUCUACUUUAUGGAAUAAAUGUGUAGAUUUUAGUUUGGAGUUGACAAAAAUAUUUAGGCAGAACGAGCAAGAACUUCGCCAUCUCCUUCAAGAUGUCAGAAAUGGCUGUAUUUCUGUUAUGUCCCGAAAUUUAAUUCAUUAUUUAAGUCGUGAUUUGAAAUGCGAUCCUUUGGAUAAAGUUCGAUUAUUUCCUCUUAGAGAAGAUGCCAAAUUAGCCAAUGACGAGUGUAUUGAACUUAUUCCUGGAGAAAAAUUUGUCUAUAGAUCACAGGACGACGGUAAGGUGUCUGUAUUUGAACGAAGAUGCUCUGCCGUUUCAGUUUUAGUUCUAAAAGUUGGAGCAAGAGUAGUUUUGUUAAAGAAUCUAGACAAAUCAUUAGUAAACGGUUUGAGAGGAACUGUAAUCGGAAUAAGUGAUGGAUAUCCUCGUGUACGUUUCGACAACAACCGUGUGCAUGUCGUUCAGAUGACACAAUUUCUCGUUCAAGAAGGAAAUAUUGUUGUUGGAACCCGUAAACAAUUGCCACUUGAUUUGUGUUACGGAAUGACAAUUCACAAGAGCCAAUCUAUGAGCUUUCCUUAUGUUGAAGUUGAUCUUGGGAAGGUGUUUGAACAUGGCCAGGCAUAUGUAGCCUUAUCAAGGUCGGAGACACUUUCUGGUUUAAGGAUACUGAAUUUCAGGGAGAGAGCAGUUAUUCCCAACGAACAUGUUCAGAUGUUUUAUAAGACUCUGAACUCGUUUGAAGACGUUGAGAGCUGUAUGUUUGAUCUUAAUGCAUUACCCCCAAAAUGCAGAGAAAUUACUGAUAUGGGUAAGGUAUGCCUGGCUACAAAGAUAACAAUUGAAAGUCCAGCUAGUAAACCAAAUAUACCAACUCUUCAGGAAGAAUUUUCCAAUCUACAACCGCUUAACGUUGGAUGUCUACUCCCAGCAAUCAAAUGGAUAAAACUACAUGUCGUCAGUGAAGAAAUGAAUUUGUUUUUCAAUUCUUUGGGCCUUCAAACUGCAAAGAAUAUGGAGCAACUGAACAAGCACCUC